CAGAAAUGUAAAAGCUUUAAUAUGACAGUUAUGUUUGGUUAUGGUUAUGCACUAGUUACAUGGCCAAUCGUCGGCUGUGUUGACAGCUACUUUCUACAGCUCUCUGCUCUAGAUGGUUAUACUACACUACAACAACAAAUAGUGUAUGGAGGUUCUGCAUCAUUUUAUGGACUACAGCUUUGUUCUAGCUAUAAUUUAACUAUCCAGGCUAUGUUCCAAGGUGAAAACUGCCUUCCUCUGACACAGGAGUUUACAUAUUUUGGUACUCACCUAUGUGACAGCCUUGAUAUGACAGUAACCUCUCUGGCCAAUGGUGCAAUCCAGGCUAAUUGGACUAAUAUUCAAUGUAUUGACAGCUACCGUCUUCAACUUUAUAAAGCAGAUACAUCCACUUUAUUAGAACAGAAAAUUGUCAAUGGAAGCUUGGUGAUAUUCACUGGACCUUAUGAUCAUUCAGUUUAUAAUGUAAUAUUAUGGGCUAUGUAUUCAGAUGAACAAUGCCCUCCAGUGGAAAAACAAAUUACACAUUUUGGUAAAAAAACAACAGUCAUUGCAAAAGCUGAAGUGCUCGCAACUGGAAGAGAACCGAUAGAUGAACAACUUAUAAAAGAUGCAUUGGAAAAUGAAGUGUAUGACCUUUUAAAGCCAGAACUGCGUCGAUUUGUAAAAGUCAGAGUGGUACAAGUGUGAACAAUGUUAAAUGGGCAAAAGAAUGACCUUCUUAAGAUCAAACUGUUACAGCCACUAUACUUCUGAUAAAGUAAUUACUAUGCAAAUGAAAAGGAAAUCAAAAACGUGAAGGAAACGCUCAUUUAAAAGGCCCUUACUACCAAGGGAUGAUGCAUUUGCUUGUCUUUGUAAAUAAAAUGAGAUAUUUUAGAACUAUGAAAUUAAGUUUUGAUUAGAAUGUUUACCAUAGUUUACACAAUUAAGUUUACUAGUAAUGUAUAAACAGUAUCACAGAUUUAGUGGGUAUAAUCUGAAGAAUGCUUCUAUAAUGUAUAUCUGGGUAUUUAUCUUGUUUCCAUUAUUUUAUUCUUUAUAGAUUUCUUUUGUAAGCAAGGCUAAUUUUGCUCCAUAAUGCUAAGUAUUUGCAUAUCUUGCAAAAAAAGAUAGAGGUGGCUUUUAGGGAGCUUUUUUGAUAAAUAAACAGUAGAAUGUAUGAAAAUGUGUCUGUCUAAACACACACACACACACACACACACACACACACACACACACACACACACACACACACACACACACACGCAUAGCUAGAUGGAUAGAUAGCUAGAUAUCAUUUGCUUGCGUGGUGCGCUCUUUGAAACAUAUAUUCUACAUUCUGAUAGACAAUCACUAGGUUGUAUAUGUCAUCAUUUUAGUCAAAUAUGUCCUUUUUUUUCUUAUAUAUGUUGCUGGCCACACACAAAUGACCACACACACACACACACACACACACACACACACACACACACACACAAACAAAGACAGCUCUUCUAUACGAGGUUGAAGUGAAAGUCUUAACCAUCAUUUGCCUGAAAAAGAAGAUAUACAGGAACAUAAGGCUGGUUAUUGUUUCCCAUGGGAAAUCAUUGAUGGUGUGAUUUCUACAUUUGUAUCAGCCAUGAUUCCCUUCAUGUGGGAUAUGUCUCUCUUCUUUGAGGUGAUGCAACCACUGAGAUGGUAAAUAUAAAUCUGAGUGUGUGCAAGGGCCUGCAUUUUCUAACUCUAUAUUAAACUAAACUAAACUAUAUUUUCUGACUCAUGAGAUGCUUAUCUCAGUUAAAAUUUCUUACUCAGAAUGGACAGAACAAAGUAUGUGUGAUCUUGUAAUACUAAGGGACAAUGUGAAUGCCACAUAUCAAGAUCUCCAAGUUACACGGUUUAUAAUUUCUGUACAUUCAGUGUCAAAUGAAUGCAUAAUUUCCCCUGACCUAAGCACAGCAUUGCAUUUUAUGUUAGAUAAUACAUAUUGAAAAAUGAAAUGAAUCCAUUUUGCUUUCAGAUACUCGGCAAAUCAGUAGAAAUAAACUGUAAGUUCAAAUGGAACUGUUGUAUUCAAUGUGGUUUUCAUACUGGACUGCUGCAUGCAUUUAUAUGUUUACUAUAUAAAAUAUUCAUCACUAUGUUACGGUUAGUCAUUGAAAGCUUAAGUAAAUGGUACUGUUAUAAAUGUCUGAAAGGCAGUGCCAGAUUUUUGUUUGGGUUAUAGGGAUUUACAUUUGCCAAACUAUCAAGACAUUAUAGUCUUGUAAGUUUUACAUGAAAUAAGCAGAUGAUGUACUUGUUUUUAUCGUCAAUAUUCACGUCUUGUCUAACAUUAUUUGUGAAAUUUUUAGUAUUAACUGUAGACAGUACACAAUAUACAAGAAUUAUAUUACUUGAUUCUUACACACUUUAUGUUUAAGCACUUUUUCUGUAUAAAACGGUCUGCAUUUAUGGGGCCAUAUUGUGUUAAAACUUCAUUGUUGAGAUGUAUUAUGUCUAUCAUCUUUCAUGAUUCAGGAUAAUAGAGAAUAUUUGCAUUGCUGUUUCUGAAACACAUUAAAGAAUGGAAAAGGAAAUUUGUCAUUUUAAGGCAGACACUUCUGUAAUGUGAUUCAAGAAUUCAUGCUCAUGGGUCAAAUAUACCAAAACUUCUGAUUUUUGAAUAAAACAAAAUCCACAGACA